AGAACGAGACGGAGACGGGGAGAGAGAGAGAGAGAGAGAGAGAGAGACAGACGGAGAUCUGAGCCAGCAGCAAUCUGAUCUCACAACACAUCCACAGUGCUUCAGCAGCGCAGCUGACAGACAAGCUCACGGAGAGGAGCUGCAGCCGGGAGAGUAGCUGAUCCACGUGUGCCAGGACCUUCAAGUCGGAGCGCUGCCUGGGAUUGGAAUUUAAAACAGGGGCUGUCAGAAUCCAAGCUCCUUUCUGCUGCAGGCCAGGCUGAACUGUCUCCUGCUUUCUCAGCUUGCGGAUAGCCUGUGGGAGCUCUGGGUUCGGAGGAGCUCUGAAGCUGGUGAAGCUGUAACCGAGGAGUCUGAGCGUCCAGUACAGACCAUGGCAACCAGGCACCUGGAAGUCGGCGGGUUCCAGACAAUGAUUCCCGCUCACCUGCUGGCAGCGGCCAUGGAGGAGUUCCCCCAGCAGCUGCCCGUGCCCAAAGCCCCAGCCCGGGGCAAGAGCCGCCUGCGGCGCCCCCGCCAGUCACGCUUCAAGACCCAGCCGGUGACGUUCGCGGAGAUCGCCGAGGUGGAGGAGGAAGGCGCCUCGCCGCUGGAGGAGGAGAAGGCGCGCAAGUCCUUCCUGCAGUCGCUGGAGAGCCUGCGGCGCAGCACCCAGAACCUGCAGGGUGCGCGCGGCUGGGUGGCGGCCUCGGCCAUGCAGGGCAGCCUGGACUCCAGCGACUCGGACUCCGCGCAGUGAAGCCCGGCCAGCGCCCCGUCUGGCCCUGGGGCUCACUGCUGCUUCAUACUGAAGCCUGACUCCACUUGAACUUUUCUUUGCCAAAUAUCUAGAACAAAACUGCUCUAUGUAUGUAUAUGCAUUCGUAUUUAUUUCUAAUUUAUAUAUAUAAACACAUUUAUAUAUAUAUGUAGCUCUGUAUGCAUUUGAUGCAUUAUAAACUUCCUGAGGUUUAGUAUAGGCUGGUAGAAAGCAUAGGGAGCACAGUGUAGAGAAUUGAACUCAUGACAAAGUGCAGCACAUCGCUAUAGAAUGGGGGAAGGACACUGCAAGCCUAUCUUUAAUGGUGAUGGGAAAGGUUUAAUUCCAUAGUUGCUUUCUUUUAUAAGAUUAAAGAAAAAUGUCUUUUUUUUAUAUGAAAGAUAGUCACAGGACUGUCCAGCAGGAUGCGUCCUGCGACGAGCAGUAGGUUGUUGAAGCCACUGGGAAGACUGAAGGAGUAGACGCCACAUGAGCAAGUUAUCAGUGGCCCAGAGGACUCGAGACUUGAAUUGUGGAGUGUUUUAAGCAAUGUCUUGCUUAUUUAUGAAGGGGUUUAAUAUAGGUUACAGCUGUUUAAUGCUCAGAAAGCAGAGAGGGAUACAUGCCAGCAAGGCAAAUUCAAUCCUUCUAGGCAAAGGGACUUUCACUUCCAAACACAGAACAGAACUGGCAGGGGUCCAGCUCUCUGCAACGAAGCGUUUAACCCCAUCUCCUUAUUUUUGUAUCUGAGAGAAGAAAACUGAACUGCAAGUUUACUGUGUAUGCUUGUCAAAUUCUACAAUUAUUUAUUUAAUAGAGGAACUUUUUGAUAUGGAAAUGGAAGAAAUAUCUUUUUUUGUUUCUAAAUCACUUGUAGGUUGAGAACUUUUUACUGUUUUUCACAAAUGAAAUUCUGAGAGAUUUGUAAAGCUGGAGCUUUCUUAUUUACUGUAAUAAAUAACUGAAAACAAA